GAUGGUGCCGAGUCAAAUAUGGAUCGAUUGAGCCUGGGUCUAAUUGAUAUCGGUCAAUACUUUGAACCGUGAUCGUCCAUAAUCCUUAGGGAAAUGCGGCAAUGUGUGGCCUGCCUUUAUUAUAUAAUGAUUAUUUUUGUAGCAUGGUUUCAAAUUUUGUCUUCAAACAGUACGUUCCUUUGCUGUCAUAUGGGUCGAUUCACAUUAACAUUUUUUCUAUGCUGAUACCCACAUAUUUGGAGGAAUUUAAUUUCUUGAUGUCAUUAUCAUGUUAUGUGAUGAUGAGAAAGGGUCUGUCAUCAAGUGGUUUUAAAAGAAUGGAUGUGAGGAAUUUUGGUGAGAACCCUUUUGUGGUGCUAAAAAUAAAGAAAUACCAUCAUGGUAAUGCCAUAUAUUUCUUUGGCAGACACAUCCGAAUUAAAUAUUGGUUUUCUUGGCUAUUUUUUUUGUGUGUUUGUAGGAAGGAGGAGGGGGGGUGGGGAGGUGGAUUAGAAGAUAUUAGGAAGGCUUAG